AUGGAGGAUUCAAAGCCUGUUGGGACACCUAUGUGCACCUCUACCAAACUAGACAAAGAUGAGGAAGGUAUUAAAGUUGAGGAGAAGAAGUACAGAGAUAUUGAAAUUUUGGAACCACCUCCUGUGGCACCCAAAAAGAAGACUAUAACCCGUAGUGGUAAGGUGAAGCAGACUGCCCAAAGAAAACUGGAUAUCCAAACUGCUGAAUCAUCUGAUGAACAGUUGGAUGGGCAGAACUCUGAAGAGAACAUUGUUGGUAGAAAUGAGGAACCAGAACAGGCUGACCAGGGAGAUAAAACUGUCACAAGAUCCUCUGCCAAAAGAAAGAGGUCCGCUAAGAGGAAGAGCACUCCUCAAUCCAAGAAAAAACAGUCUGCUGAUCCCACUGAUGAUCAGCAGAAUGAAGAGAACACUACUGGGAGUAAGAAACUCCUGAACCUUCCACCAGGAAGUCUCCAAGGACUAGAUCUGAGGCUCAAAAUGAAUCUUCUUGUGCCCCCUAUACCUGAAACAAAUGAAGCUGCUCAUCAGAAAGAACCAAGAACUGAGCCCACAAGGCCAACCACUGGUGAUGAGACUACUCCAGCUUCUAGUUCUCAGCCCAAGGAUAAAGGCAAGGCUCCAGUAACUGAGGAAGCAUCUGAAGAUAGUGAUGAAGAAACUGAGGAAGAAGAGGAUCCUGCACAGUAUCGUCUGGCCAGGAGAAGGCCUGGAUCAUCUAAAAUCACCAUCUAG